AUAUGUGUGGCGGCUUAGUAACCGCAAAUUGCUGAGUUGCAUUAUUGUCGAAACCUGGGAGCGCGGGCGCUCGGCUCGCCAGUCGCGUACGUCACACCGCCCUGCCUCGACAUCUACAUAUACACAAGGACACGCACAACACUGGUGACCCAUCGACGUUUGCAAAUUACGUAAUUUCGUGUGACAAAAGAGUAGGCGACUCACUAAGUGCUCGAGGCAGAGGCAUAUGAACCGCGUGGUGCAAAGUGCAGAAGUGAGGUUAUUAAGCAACGCGCACAUAUCCGCUCAUCAAAAUGAACCCGCAACUGGUACCUGGUACUCCAGGCGCUACUCCAGCAACGGCAGCGGACAUAGCGAUGGUUACGGUGCAAAUGAGAGUUCCAGAAUUUUGGAGAGAACUACCGAGGUCGUGGUUCUGUCAAUUCGAGGCGAUUAUGGCACCACAGAAACAAGGCGACACGCAGAAGUACGACAUGGUGUUGGCAAAAUUACCCACAGACGUUUUGCAGCAGGUAACCGAUAUUAUCGAAGUACCACCGGAAUCACGCAAGUACGAGAUCAUAAAAGAGCGCUUACUGUUGGUUUAUGAAGAGAGUGCAGACAAACAAUUUCAGAAAUUGAUGCACGAAAUGGACCUGGGCACACAAAAACCGUCGCAGUUACUCAGGAAGAUGACAACGCUAGCAAAAAAAUGCAAUCUGACAGAAGAACCACUCAAGAGGCUAUGGUUAGACAAGCUCACACCUAAUGUGCGCGCACUACUGGCAAUGAGUGAGGAUACCAAGUUGGAGGAGAUGGCCAAGAAGGCGGAUAAAAUAUUAGAAACCCUUGGAAGCGGCGAGGUUGCAUCUAUAACGCCGAGUACGUCGACAGCAGGACCCAGCGAAAACGACAGCGUAGCUAAUCACUUAAAAGAAUUAGCAAUGGAAAUGAAGGAAUUGCGUGGAGAAAUAAAUGAGAUCAGGAACAGAAACAGAGGCAGCGCAAGAGACACAGACGGAGGUGGGCGAUGGCAACAACGUCCCAGAUCCAAAAGCCGGACGCGGCGAACACCAGAUUCUCCCGACUGGCUAUGCAGACACCAUUACCGCUACAGGAGCAAUGCGCGGACGUGUGAAGCACCGUGCAGCUGGGCCAAGAAGCAGCGGAAGCAGGAAAACUAGACGCGGUGCAGUCAGCAUCGGUGGAAGAUUGUGCCGCGGGGAACCACCGACUUUGUGUGAAAGACUACAAAACGGGAAUUGUGUACCUUGUCGACACGGGUGCUAACGUGUCAGUGAUACCUGUGAGUAAAGUGAGAUCAAAACAAAAACAAGAGUGCACGUAUAAGCUUUUCGCAGCAAAUAAUACAGAAAUCAGAACCUACGGUGUAGUGACUCUAGAAUUAAAUUUAGGAUUACGUAGAAGUUAUAAGUGG